CAAACGAACACUAAAUAUGGCGAAAUUGACUAGGAUCAUUGUACAAUCCCGUGGUCAAUCUCUAGAAGAUCUGGAAGAACACUUCCACCAGGUCUUGAUUGUAUGUCAGCUUCACCUACAAAAGAAAGCUUGGUACCCCGCGCGACAUCUCCAUCUCCCUGGGUCUAGUCUUCCCGUUCGUUGUGAUCGAGCGCAAUCCGGGGAUUGCACACCCCUGAGCCACCAAUAUGAAGAAUUCCAUUGACGCAGCCGCAGGAGCCCAGCAUGGGGAUCACAGUGACAAGACCAUCCAAGUUGAUGUGGAAGACAGCGUGGUGCAGAAGUUGGCUGUGUCCAGUUCCAAAUUCGUGCUACUGAGCAGUGAGGCGAAAGAAGCCAGCGACGCCGAGCAUGCCAUGACCGUCCGACAAGCCGUGAAGCUCUACCCAGAAGCUAUCUUUUGGUCAGUCCUCUUGUCGACCGCCGUUGCUCAGGAAGGAUACGAUUCGGUCCUGAUCUCUGCCUUCUAUGCAUUUCCAGUCUUCACCAAGAAGUACGGCGAACGGAAGCCUGGCGGAACCAGCUAUCAAAUACCUGCACCCUGGCAAGCAGGUGUUUCGAAUGGAGCCCGUGUGGGUGAAAUCUUGGGUCUAUUCGUGAAUGGCAUAGUGUCCGAUCGCUUUGGGUUCAAGAAGACGAUGAUUGGGACGCUUGCGUUGUUAACUGCUCUGAUUUUCAUCCCCUUCUGCGCGCAGAACAUCGAGACGCUGGAAGUUGGGGAGAUACUGAUGGGCAUUCCUUGGGGUGUAUUUCAGACCUUGACUACAGCGUAUGCUGCUGAAGUAUGUCCUGUGGCUCUUCGAGGCUAUCUGACGACUUAUGUCAACAUGAUGUGGGGUUUUGGGCAAUUGCUGGCCUCGGGUGUCGUGCGAUCACAGCUGACCCGCACCGACGAAUCGGCCUACAGGAUUCCUUUUGCUCUGCAGUGGAUGUGGCCUAUUCCUCUUUUAGUCGGGAUUGCUUUCGCUCCAGAAUCACCUUGGUGGUUGGUUCGUAAGGGUAGAUAUGAUGAUGCGCGGAAAGCGCUGGGCCGACUCAGUUCAACGACAUCAGAAUCGAAACUUGACAACACUGUCUCAAUGAUGAGGCAUACCAACGAAUUGGAGAAGGAGAUCUCGGCCGGGACAACUUAUAGGGAUUGUUUCAAAGGCGACAAUCUCCGCAGGACGGAAAUAACCUGUAUCACUUGGGUUAUUCAAGCCGCCAGCGGCGCUUCAUUGAUGGGAUACGCGGCGUACUUCUUUGAACAAGCCGGCUUGCCCACUAGCAUCGCUUUCGACUUUUCAAUCUCUGUCUACGCUGUCGCCAUGAUCGGCGUUGUCAUUUCUUGGUUUGUUAUGACCUACCUUGGCCGUCGCACCAUUUAUCUUGGAGGCUUGAGCUGCAUGGUCCUCGUGCUCCUGACCAUCGGGUUCGUCAGCAUCAAGCCUUCAAAGGGAACCUCUUUUGCCACUGGUGGUCUUCUCCUUCUCUUCACUCUCUUCUACGACAUCACUAUUGGCACCGUAGCGUAUUCGAUUGUUGCCGAAAUGCCAUCGAGUCGCUUGCGAACGAAGACGAUCGUGCUCGCACGGAAUCUGUAUAACGUUCAAGGAAUCAUCAAUGGCAUUAUCACACCAUAUAUGCUCAAUCCAGAUGCAUGGAAUUGGAAAGGAAAAGCGGGAUUCUUUUGGGCUGGCAUGGGCUCUCUGUGUUUGCUGUGGACGUACUUGCGUCUGCCAGAACCGAAGAGAAGAACAUUUGCGGAGCUUGAUAUUUUGUUCGAGCAGAAAGUUUCCGCUAGGGAGUUUAAGUCUGCUGUUGUUGAUCCUUUCAAGAUCCAUCAUAGCUCAGUUGACGGCAUACACGCUGAAGAGAAUCAGAAGAAAGAAUAAAGAUGCCUUCCAGAAGACUCAUAAUAAUAUACAUAAUCUACAAGGCAGCGAUUUGGGCUACUUGUAAU